AAGAAAGUUAGAAACUAUGCUGAGGAAAUUGUGAAGGCGAUUCCUGGUAGUACUGUGAAAAUUAAGACAGAUAGAGUCGUACCUGAUGCUCCUAUGGUGUUCCAAAGGAUGUACAUGUGUUUGGGACCUGUGAAAAGGGGAUUCUUGGAAGGGUGUAGGAAGGUGAUAGGUUUAGAUGAUUGCUUCCUUAAAGGGCAGUUGAAGGGAGAGAUUUUAAGUGCUGUAGGAAGAGAUGGCAAUAAUCAGAUGUAUCCAAUUGCUUGGGCAGUUGUAGAGAUAGAAAAUACAUCUUCAUGGACUUGGUUUCUAGAGCUUUUGAGGGAAGAUCUUGAGAUAACUUACUCGGCUGAAUGGACAAUUAUUAGUGACCAACAAAAAGGUCUGAUGAAUGUGAUUAGUAGAGUGUUUCCUGAGGCUGAGCACAGGAACUGUGCCCGGCAUAUACAUGCCAACUGGGCCAAAAAUCAUGGGGGAAUGGUGCUUAAGAAAUUGUUCUGGCAGUGUGCCAAAUCUACUUGUGCAGGCCAAUUGGAGUCAUCUUUGGAAGAGUUAGAUAAGCUUGCCCCACAAGCUGGUGCUGAUUUGCGCAAACAUCCAUUCAAGAUGUGGUGCAAGGCUUACUUUAGGACUGAGGUGAAAUGUGAUGCAGUUGAUAACAACUUGUCUGAGGCAUUUAACAGUACACUGGUGCAGCUUAGAGACAAACCACUUAUACCAAUGUUUGAGGGAAUGAGAGUGGCAAUGAUGAAAAGAAUAGCAAAGAAAAGGAAGUAUGUGAGGAAGUGGCCUGGUGCAUUUGGUCCACUUAUCAUGAAGAAAUUGAACAAAAGUAUAAUAGCUAGUCAGGGCUGGCAUGUUGAUUUUAAUGGUGAUGAUGGGUAUGAGAUAAAAAAGGGUAGGUUCCAAUUCAAGGUCAGCCUGAACACAAGAUCUUGUGCAUGCAGAAGAUGGGAUCUUUGUGGUAUUCCCUGUGCACACGCCAUAUGUGCAAUACUUGAUAAAGGGGAUGAACCUGAAACCUAUGUACACUCUUGCUACAAUAAAGACCUCUAUGAAAAAACAUAUUCCUACACACUGCCACCAAUUAAUGGUGAGCUACUGUGGCCAAGAACUCAAUUUGGAGAAAUUCAUCCUCCCAUUCCCAAAAAAAUGACUGGCCGGCCAAAGAAGAAGAGAGUGAGAGAAGAAACUGAAGCCCCUCCACCAUCAGGGACUCAACUAACAAGAAAAGGAAGAAUCAUGAAAUGUUCUAACUGUCAAGGAGAAGGUCACAAUAAGAAAUCUUGUAAAAAAGGUUCUGAUAGGG